GCCAUUCUUUCUCAAGUCGCCCCUGCCCUGAGGCGGAAAGCCGUCACCGCCGACAGUGAAUGCCCAACCGGCCCCUCCUCCGCGGGCCGUGGCGCAUCCCCCUCCCCGCCCCCCCUGCGCCGGCAUGGCCGCCCAGCCGCGCCUGGCCGUCGCCGCCGCGGCCGCUUUCGCGUGCGUCGGCGCCGCGCCAGACCCGUCGGUGCACUUGGACGGCCCCUGGCGCAUGACCGCCGUGACGCACCGCCUGGUCCGCAUCGAGUACGACGUGGGGCGCGUCUUCGUCGACGACCCCACCGACGCCUUCGUGAGGGGCCCGAGCCUUGGCGCCUGGAGGGGCAGCCAGGCCGCCCUGCCCGGGGGCUGGGCCUCUGUGCAGACGGACAGCGUCACCGUCUCGUACCUGCGGUCCGCCCCCCCGGCCCGCGGCACCGUGAAGGUCGAGAGCAUUCACGCGCUCCCGUGGAUGUCGGGCGCUCGGCAGAAGGCCACCUGGAGCUGGGGCGACCCGGCCGAUGGCAACCUGGGCGGCACAGCCCGCACUCUGGACCUCUCGGCCGAGACCCUCAAUCUCAACUGCAGCGAGAAGGUGUCGCCGACGAUGGACAACUCCCAGAUGCACUGCGCCUGGGGGCUCGUUUCCGCGGCCGGCUCUGCGGUCGUGAGCCAGACGGGCGCGCCUGUGUGGCGCGACGGGUUGUACGCGCCCUCCAGGAACUCCGUGGACGUGUUCGUUUUCCUGCACGGUUUGGACUUCGCGGGCGCGCUGAAGGAUUUUGUGCACGCAGCUGGGCCUCCUGCCGUGCCGCCAAGGUAUGCCUUGGGCACGAUAUUCACGCGGUGGUUCGACUUUGACAGCGACUCGGCCCUUGCCCUUGUCGAUGACUUUGAAGCCCGCAGCUUCCCGCUGGACGCGUGGAUCUUUGACAUGAACUGGCACCAGUUUGGGCCUGCACAUGAUCUUUGGGGGUCGUUCACAUGGAACGAGGACAGCUUCCCGAACCUGCAGGGCAUGCUGGACGCUUUUAUGGCUAAGGGCCUGCGCAUCGGGGCCAACACCCACGACCACGACGGCAUCAGGACGACGGAAGAAACCUUCCAGCAGGUUUGCGCGUUCCUGGGCCACCAGCCCUGCAACAGUAGCAUCCCCUUCGACCUUUACAACAAAACGUUCGCGCUGGCGCAGGAGGACAUCGCGUGGAUGGCACUGCAGACAAAGGGUGAGAAGCAGGGCAUAGACUUCGCGUGGAUCGACUACCAACAGGGCGAGACCGACAAGCUUGAGCGCACCCGGAUCCCCGGGAUCAACCCCACCAUGGUGCUCAACCGUCUGCGCAGCACCGACCACGCCAGACACGGCGAGGACACGCGGUCCUUGAUCUUCUCGCGCUGGGGAGGCGUCGGGAGCCACAAGUAUCCGGUGGGGUUCUCUGGCGACCAGAAGCACUCGUGGAAGGGCUUGGCCUUCCUGCCGUACUUCACCAGCACGGCGGCCAACGUGGCGUUCGGGUACUGGAGCCACGACACGGUCGGUGGGGACCACGGGGACACGAAGGAUUACGAGCUCUCCGUGCGGUGGUUCCAGACGUCCGCGUGGAGCCCCGUGCUCCGGAUGCACGACAAGGGCCAGGGCACGGGCAAGUGCGCCACCACGGAGGUGUGCGCGCGGGUCGUGCCGUGGGAUGUGCCCGCGGCGUUCUACGCCGCGAUACGCUCCGCGUCGUGGCAGAGGGACGAGAUGAUGCCCUACAUCUACACCGCUGCCUUCAGCGCCUCCUCCACCGGCCUGACUCUGGCGCGCCCGAUGUACUACGAGGACCCGACCGACCCCGCGCUCUACGACCUGGGCCAGCAGUACCUGUUUGGCCCCGACAUGAUCGUGAGCCCCAUCACGAGCCCCUCCGGAGACGCUACGGCCUCAGACCAGGCCCUCGGCGCCGUCAGGUGGAGCAUUUACGCUCCGUCGAAGUCCGCGUGGGUCGACGUGCUGAACGGAGAGUUCGCGUCUGGCACUAGAACGCUCGGCGUGUACGGCAUCAUGGACGUGCCUCGCCUGGCGAGGCAGGGCGCGGUCAUCGCGAUGCGCCCGCGCCUGGCCGGCGAGGGGUCGCUCGCGCGGGCCGGCGCGCCGCUGCGCGCGGUGGAGUUCCGUGUGGCGCCCGCGGCGGUUUUCUACGGAAGUGUCGAUCGGCAGUGGAGCGGCAGCGGGGAAGCCGUUGACGACGAUGGGGUUACGACCGCCUAUUUGCGCGGUAGCUACUCUACGAUCAGCUGCAACUACACGUUCCAGAACGGCACCUUUCAGGUCCAUGUCGCGCGCUCGGGCAGCUUCCCAGGGCAGCCGUCGCUCACGACGGUACGCCUGUCCUUCCCGCAGAUGCCGCCCAUGCUCGUCCUCAAGCCGGCGGGCGCCUCCGUCGAGUACAGCCGCGAGAUCGCUGGGCCCCUGGUGACCGUCCCCGACGUGGCCUUCGGCCCCAUGCCGCCCGGCUCGGAGCUGUUCCUCGAGCUCCGGGUGGACGCGGCGUACUCCAAGGCCCUGCCCCUCUUCGUCGGGCUGCUGGGGCGCGUGCGGCGCGCCCGCUACGUGAAGGACGCGCUCGACGCCGCCAACGUGCCCUACGGCGCGGGCCGGGCCAACCUCACCGCCUGCGUCCUGGCGGCCGCGAGCAUGUCCGCGCCCUUCGCGGCGCGCCUCGAAGACCUGUGGCGGGGCGCGCUGGCCGAGGGCCACGCGCUGCUGAAGUCGGACGCGACUCUGAGGGGGGACGCGCGCCGCUCCAGGUUCAUCGCGGACAUGCUGAGUACCCCGGAGACGCGGGAAACUCAACAGAAGGCGCGACGGCUUCUGAGAAACCUUGGAAGGCCUGGUCCUUCUCGAUUUCCCCCAGGCUCGCCGCCGAUUACUACAUAGAAGUCACACGGUCGUGCUCAUCGCCGGAUUACUACAUAGAAGUCACACGGUCGUGCUCAUCGCCGCGCGAAAAUCUGUGGAGCAUUUUUUUCUUUGCGCAAUUCGUCAGCGGAUCGGAGGUGAGGGAGCGAGAUCGAAGUGG